AUGUGGGAAGAGUGGGACGAUGAGCAUUUUGUGAAGAUUUUUUUCGAUUGGAAGAUAUUUGCCAAAUAUGCAAAGGAUAAUGAAUUUAAGGAGCUCGAAGAAGGCAUAGAGAAAGAAAUUAGCAAUUCGACCUGUUUCAGCAUAAAUGAAGAAGACGUGGAAAAGGAGACGAAUGACAACAUCCUGUUGAUACUACAAUCGUUCAUUAUAGAAAAAAAAUACACAGAUGUUUCUGAUUAUUUGGUUAAUAUAAUUUUAAGGUGGAAUUAUUACACAAGCUUGAGGAGCGAAAAAGAGCUUGAUUCGAAGGGUGUAAAAAAUCGCCUAAAAAUAGAUGUAGAUAUUUACAGCCUGCCAGAUGUGUACAGAAAUUUUGAAGAAUAUUUUUAUUCCUACUUUCCACUAUUCUUGAUAGAAACACAACAAUUAAUAAACAACAAAAAGGAAAAUGAAAAUAUAAAGGAAUAUGACGUGACGUUGGUUAAUACCCCCAAGGAGAUUUACAAUUUUGAGUUUAACAUUAAUAUAGCUUAUGACAGCUUGGUGUAUUCAAACCUCUUUUAUGGUGACCUUAUUCUGCUUAGGUUUAUUCCAAAAAGAACUGCAAAAAGUGACUCACAUAAUAUUUACACGCCUAUGUUUUGUUCCGUAAAGAGGGAUGAAGAAGAGGUAAUAUCCACCGAUUCGGAAAGUGACAAACUGGAGGCGGCUUCCUCUGGUUCCUGCACCAAUUCGGAGGGUUCAAUCGAUGGUGAAGAAGUGAAGGAAGAAGAACAAGUCCAAAACAUAAACCAAAUUGAUAUCACCAAAUUGGUGGAAACGCAAAACAAACUCAACGAUGGCACCAACUCAGGGGAAGACGAAAUGAAUGACCAAAUGAAUGACAAAUCGGGUGACGAAUUUAAUGAGGACAUUUACAUGAUCCGAAAAUAUUGCGUGCGUCAUUUGUUAGGUUAUGUCAUUUCAAAAAAUAAGGAACAGAUUAAAAUAAAAUUUAAUUUAAAUUAUAAAAAUUUUGAUAUUAUAGACAAAGUCAGGAAAGAAAUUAUUUACGAAAUUUUCGUGGCCGACAAAUUGGACCAUUAUUUUACGCGCGUGUCUAAGGUGAUCAGUUUGAUCUCCACCCUUCGGUUGUUUAACUGCUUUUUCAAUUUUAGAAACUCCGCCUUGUUGAAUGAAAUUGUGGAAGUUGACCCAAGUGGGCAAAGUCACACAUAUGCAGGAAACUUACCGUGUAAGGGGGAGGUUAAUCAGGACGAUAGCAACAGUGAGCAGGGGGACUUCAACAAUCUGCAGACGAAGAAGAGAAAAAAAAGACACAUAGGUGAUGGAUCAAUUGACCAGAACAACUCAGAACAAGUACCAAAUGGAGAAGAAGAGGAAACGCACCCUGGAGAAGCCAUCCCAGAUGAACCAUUGAAUGGGCAUCCAAAUGAUGUAGACCAUAUGGAGGAAACAUUGAAGCAAAAAAUUAAGGACUAUUUGAUGAAGUUCAAAGGGUCAGCAGAAAAGGAAGACGUCGCCGUGAAAGGGGAGCAUUCCUCGUUAGACCAACACACAGUUGUAAGGAUGAACGAUGGGAUGGAGGAUAACAGUUUAGGAAGAAGGGAAUUAACCCUCCCUGCGGAGCAGCAAUAUGGAGGCUUCCAUUACAUACCAGAGGCGCUGAAAAGUAAAUUCCUGAACAUUUACAACAAGUACCAAUUAAGGGCCAUUAACAACAGCAUAAUGAAUGACGGGAUUACGCUCAUUCAAGGGCCCCCCGGGACAGGAAAAACUACGACAAUUUUGGGAAUUAUCAGUGCCCUCAUUUUUUUUCAAAAGGGUGAAAUGAAUCAUAGUAGCAGGAACGUCCUAGGUGAAAAUUUGUUAUCUGCCCUGGCUGACGGAGAGGAUGAAAGUGGAAAGAAGAAAAAGAAAAAGAGCCCCUACGUUUGGAUCAAUUACGACAAAAAAAAUGACCACUGCUACUUUAACGACAACUGUUUCGACGCAAUGGAGUAUGAAGACUUUUUCGACCACAUUGAAAAAAACGAAGAGGAAAAAAACCAAAACGUCUUCCACGUUAGUAAGGGCAACAAAAAUGAAAACAAUUAUGCAUACGCAAUUCAUUUGAGCAUUAUGAAUGCGUCCAGCAGGAUGUUAAAAAGUGAUGACAACCAUUUGGAUGGAAAUAAUUCAGGAGAAGAGGAAAUUCUUAAAAAUAAUGAAAACAGAAUAAAAAAAUUGAUUGGCUUAACGGAGACAUAUUAUAACUCCUAUGUGAAUAGUGAUUAUAUGGCGAAGAAGUCCGACUGGGUGGAGGAAAGGAAUGCCAAUGAGAAGCUGAACUAUUCGUACUACGUCAGUGAUGGUAAGGCGUGCUCCUUUGCGGCCGGCCCAUCGGGGGAGGUAUCACCCAAGGGAGCCAAAAACGAAUUAAUGAGCAAAUGUUCGAUCCCCGUUAGGGAAAAAAGAAAGUGGAAAAGGAAGAACGCGUCAGAAGAGACACAACAAGCCACCUUCAAAAAGGAAAAGAUAAACAAGCUAAACUUAAUUAAGAACAAAAGAAUACUCGUGUGUGCCCCAUCUAACCAAGCCAUUGAUGAAAUUCUGAGAAGGCUAAUAUCGUCAAGUAACGGAAUUUUAGACGAAAAUGGAAACUUCUUCAAUCCUAUAGUUACGAGAAUAGGGAGAAACGUAAGCACAGACAUAUUAGAAUUUAGCCUCGAAUUUAAAGAACAGUUAUUUUUAUUUCUUAAUAAGAAGGAAGAAAAUAAAAUUAUAAAAAGGAAUUUAUUGAAAACGUCCACCAUUAUUUGUUCAACUCUUUCUGCCAGUUCGAACGCGUCGUUAGUAAACUACAUUGAUUCGUUCGAUGCGGUUAUAAUUGAUGAAGCAUCUCAGUCAGUUGAAUUGGAUAUUUUGAUACCUCUGUCCUUUUCUUGCAAGAAAAUUAUUCUGGUAGGAGAUCCAAAGCAGCUAUCCGCGACGGUCUUUUCGCUAUUUGCAAAGCGGCGCAAGUAUGCCAGGUCCCUUUUCGAACGGUUACAAAAGAAGCAUAAGAUGAACAAGAGCAAAUAUAAUUUGUUGUCCAUUCAGUAUAGGAUGCACCCAGAUAUUUCACACUUCCCAAAUAAGUACUACUACAGGAAUAAAAUUACCGAUGCCCCUUAUUUUCUGUUUACUCUUUUUAAAGAAAUGAAGAUGAAUAAGUACAUCAAAAAAUUGAGGAAUGAUCCAGGGGAUCCUCCCACGGAAGGAAUUAUCGAACGGGAACUUUUUUACAAAUUCGAUUUAUUUCACUUUAUGCAAAGUAACUUUGGAAAUUUAUUGCCCUCAAAUUUUCACGACAUAAAUUUAUGUCAGAAAAACCAAGGGGCAAUUGACUGGUUUAUUAUCCCCCUACUUAGACAUAGCGUUUUUUACGACAUAUCCUUUUCGAAGCAAAGGAAAAUAAAAAACUCCUACAUCAACAUUGAAGAGAGUGAAGCUGUAUUGCAGUUUAUCGAGUUCUUGCACUUCAUCUUUACCGCAGAGAAUGUGAAGGAGUGGUACAAACGAAUAGGCAUCAUCACCCCCUACGCCACGGAAAAGUUUUUUCUAAAGAAGGAGCUAAAAAGGUUCUUUACAAAAAAGGGUUACAAAAAUAAUAUUUCUAAUUUUAUUGACAUUGGGACAGUGGAUGGUUUUCAGGGGACGGAAAAGGACAUCAUCAUAUUUGUGUGCGUGCGGACCAAGGGAUCGCUCAAGAGGAAGAAGAAGAAAAAGGCUAACCCGGUUGGUAGUGACGCACCUGCUAAUGACGAGACGGAUAAGAAAGAGGACGCACCGAACGUAAGCUCCGCAUCCUCCACGGAGGACCAUGUGAAUGACCACAUGGACGACGAAGUAGACGACUCGAAUAUGUUUUUCUCCAGUUACAAACGACUAAACGUGGCACUAACCCGAGCCAAAUACAAUCUGUUCAUUUUCGGAAAUUGUAGUUUCCUGAAAAAAUGCGACGCCUGGGGUAAGAUUAUUAAGCACUACAAAAUGGGGAACAAAGUAAUAAAAAUAAAGUACAAGAAAUUUAAAACGAGGAUGAAAAUUUUGUCUGAGAAAGUGACGGAAGAAGACCUAUUCGAUGAGAAGGUUCAGGUGAUAAACAAAAAGAUUGAAAAUUCUUUGUAUAACAAAAAUAUAAUAGAUUACAAUUUCGUGCCAACUUGUGAGAAUGAAAGUCCCUCCUUCGAUUUGAAAAGCUUCCUCUACUCUGUUGGACUGAGCCAGGCGGAAGAGGACGGAGAUGGAAGUUGUGAAGGGCAGAAUGAAAUAAAUGUUAGUGAGAAUAAAUAUGGACUUGCGGACCCCCCGGGAAAGACGGAUAAUAAUUCUGAGGAGAGGGAAAUCUUGAGCUUUUUCAAGCAGCUGUACAAUGACGAUUUUGGGACUGCAGACGAGUUUGACGUUGGGCGGGACCAGUUGGGAGGGGCGCAUGUCCCGGCGGACGGGCCACAAAUUAACCCACCAACGGAACGGCUAACCGAACCAACCAAUUGCGCAGAUCACCAAAUGAAGAUCUACCCGCCAAAUGGUACAAACAGUGGCAUUAAAAAGGAACCCCUACAAUUAAUCGAAGUGGUAGAUCUGGAAGACGAUGCGGAAAGUGCAGAACGAAUCAGUAAAGGCGCAAAUAAUGAGGAAGUGAAAACACAAAAUUACAACCAGGAGGAAUUAAAACAAAGGGGCACUUCCCUACUACCAUCCGCCGCGUUAAGAAAAGAAGCUUCCAAUGUGGAGCUGUGCACAAGUAUAACCAAAAGAGGCGAUGAAACAGCUUCUUCGAACAUUGAUGAGGGGCAACCUGGUACAACCCCCACGAUGAUCGAAAUAAAUGAAAAUUUGAAAAACAGCAAUUACUUCAUCGAUAUGUUGUAUAACUACUGCAAGAAGAACAAAGAGCUCAUCUUCGUCGUGCAAAGUAUUUUACCCAAUUUUUCACGACAAAUUUUGUUUAAGAAGUAG